AUGUUCGAAAACUCAACAACAAUUGCUUUCGAUUUUAGAUUUUAUAGACAAAAUCAAAGUAAUUUGGUUGUAGAUCACGAUAACCACAAACCUUUUAUUAAUAAAUAUUAUGAAGAGGCAGAAGACGAUGAAGAAAAUUCAGACGAAGAAGAAGAAGAUCAUUUUAAUAAUAAUGUUAAAUUAUAUGAAGAUGGAAGGAUUGACCAGUCUUUUUAUUUUAUGAAAUGGCAAUACAGAAAUACUACACAAAAGUUUUCUUAUAGUGAAUUACACGGAUAUUAUCAAGAUACUUUAAAAUUAAUUUUUGAACAAGCAAUAACACACAGAGCUAGUGAUUGGACUAUUAUAUGGAUUUUACAAAGUCGAAUUCAAAAUUAUAAUAUUAAUUAA